UAUUGUUUUCACGAUAUUUGUUUUACUAUUUCAGAAAUUUCAUAUGUUUGGAAGUUUUGGCAUAGCUAACUUUUUGUAGAUUCAGUCGUUUGCCAGCACUGAUUACCAACCGCGCCAAAUCAGCUGUGUGGUAAUAACAGCGCCAAAGCACUGCCGCGUACUUAAGCUGCAGCAUUUGUUUAUCCUGUUUUAUAUUAAGUGGUAGUCGAGUCAUACGAAUUAAAUGAUGCGUACAGAUGCAUUAUUUUCUUGUUUUUUAAUUAUAUUUCAAAACGUGUGCUGCCAGAGUGGUAGCCAUGGCGUAUGGGAGGAUCCACAAGCCGCCUGGUUACAGCUGGCGCCAGAAGAGCAUUAUCAUGGGGAUCAGUGCAGUCAGUGUCCUGCGCCUUCUGUAGGGACCACUGAGGAUGCUUUGGCCCUGACAUACUUUAGGAAGUUUGUCAACUUGCUAUUAAAUCGCAAGCGAUUGCAUUACAACGAAGCUUCGGCAACGUACAAGCGCUCGCUACUGUUUACAUUACUUCCGGCACAACUAGCUGAGCUUGAAGCGACACACGAUGUGCGAGAUCUGGAUGUAUUGCUUACGAAAAUAAUGGAGAAUGUGCAGGCCGCGCCUUUGUUUGCCGGCGAGGAAGGCUGUGAUUAUGCUCACCAGGGGCACGGAGUCCGCGGGCUUGUUGUAGAUAUAUUCAAGGAUUUCCUGCAGCUGCUUAAAAUAUCCGAGGUGCAGUUUACAUUGUUUGUGCUUCUUGCUAUUGUUGCUGGCUGGAUUGUGCAAAGGCGUUUCCGGCUUCGUGGCUUAACAGUUGUAAUAGGCGGAAUUGCGCUUUUUGGCUAUUUCCACACUUAUCUGGAGUGCAACAGAAAAUUAGAAAUAGAACAAAUGAUUGAUGUUCUUGAAAAAAAUAACCAGCCUACUUUGGAUAACGCUGAUCAGUCUUGGUUUGCACGUUUACGAAACCAAUUUGUUUCGAGUGGUACUAUUGAGGAACAACAAAAGCAACAAUUAAGAAAAUCUAGCAAGAUUAACUUAGCAUAUUGCCGACCCGAUCAUGUUUUACUGAUGUAUUUAAAUGAUCUGUUUCUGAAGCAAUUGGAAAUGUUUCUCGAGAAGGUUAUGCAUACCUUAAGUAAUUUGCGCUCUGGACUUUCGUUUCCGUACAAUUAUGUUGCCUUAGUUUCACUUGUCGCUUUGGUGGGCUACAUUGUGAAACUUACAUUCAAGUAUAUUCUCAGCCCUAAGGCUUGGGCUGCACUUUUACACAAUAAAAAUUCUUCCCGAGGAACGGAUGUGCAACAGGCCGUUUUAAACAAUGAGGCAGGCGGUGAUCGUUUAUCAGGUGAAAAUCUAAAGAUGUUACUAAAUGUUAUAAAUGCCACAAACAAUGCAACAAAUGCGACAUCACAGCAACAGCAAAAACAACUGCCGGCCGUAUCGGGCGUACAAGAGCUGUUAGAACCUUUAGAAGCUCCAACGUCAGUAGAUGCUAAGAAACAGGACGAAAGUUCCAGCAGCACAAACAGUUCGACAGCCGAUGCUAAACAACUGGCUUGUUUCACUCUUAUUAAUGAUAGUGAUAAUGAGAGUGAUACAAAGGUGUCCUUAAGUGUUUAAAGCUGUAAAAUGUACACUGUAUUUUAAUUGUCUUAACUAAGUUUUAACCCAGUUUUUGAGCCGCCAACCGUAUUGUCAUAUUAUGGCAAAUAGUAUAAGGUUCGCAAAUAAUUAUUUACCAAUUGAUAUUUGUCGUA